CACCCGCCCAUACCCACGGAGCGCCUUCUCUGCCUGCCUCCGACUGCCAUAUCGCCGUCGUCAGGUCCUGUUUCUCACGCUGGUCCAGACUUCGCAACGUUCAGCAUGGACGCUCCCGAACCUGAAACGCCAUUCGGCGCGGUCUCUGCGCAGACGACCCGCUUUCAAAGAAUCUAUCAAUCCUACCUCGACAAGUCCACACCCUACGUUACCUACCGAUGGAUAGGCACGGCCACGAUCUUCGUCAUGUUCGCGUUACGGAUAGUGAUGGCGCAGGGCUGGUACAUUGUCGCCUACGCCCUAGGCAUCUACCUCCUCAACCUCUUCCUCGCCUUCAUCUCCCCGAAAUUCGACCCUUCGCUCGACGCCGACACCGACAUGGAAGACGGCGUGCCCGCAGGCCAGUCCUCGCUCCCGACCAAGAACGACCAGGAAUUCAAGCCCUUCGUGCGCCGACUGCCCGAGUUCAAGUUCUGGCACUCGGCGACGCGCGCCGUGACGCUGUCGUUCCUGUGCAGCUGGAGUGAGAUUUUCAACCUCCCGGUGUUCUGGCCGGUGUUGGUGGUGUAUUGGUUGAUCUUGGUGUUCUUGACAAUGAGGAGGCAGAUCCAGAGUAUGAUCAAGUACAGAUACGUGCCAUGGGACUUUGGAAAGGCCAAGUACGAUAGCUCGAAGUAA